AUGGAAAAUAGGGGAGCGCCGACGAUCCCUGCCGGAUUCCACUACCACAGCGGCCUAGUCCGUGAAAUCAGAGCCGCUCCUCAGCCCCUUGCGAGCUCCUUCUGCCGUCGGCUUGGAGCUGCUACAACAGCCGAAGAUCUCCCCUCCAGUUUCUGCUACCGCAACGGCCUCAUCAGCGAACACUCUGUUCCAUCCAUUUCCGUCGAUCGAGUCUCUAUUUUCCUCGCCGGCACAAUCAUCGUCUAUUCCAAAAUCUCAGCAAAUCUGAUGAUGAUCGCGACUUUGAAAUCGAUGGAUUAG